AUGGCGCCGGCCUACCUCGCGAUGUACGCCCCGGCGAAGCUGGAUGAAACCAGCGCCGACAAGAUGAUCGCCGACUUCGCGGCCGCCUUCGGAGCGGACGUCUUCGAAUUUACCCACUUCGCCAUGAACAUCUGGGGCACGCAGGCGGCGUUUCCAGAUAAGCUGAAGCUCACGGACCUGUUCACGGAAGAGGGCGCCAAGGCGAUCGACGAGAUCUUCAGCAACAAGUGUGUCCAUGUCUCUUCCGACACGUUCACCUACACUUACGGAAAGACCUACAAGUCGCUGAUGCGGCCGAAGUUCACCAACAGCCUCGCCUGGGCGAAGGCGAUCGUCGAGGCAAGCGGGCGUGUGGACGUCAGGCCGGCCGCUCCCGUUGCCAUCUUCUGGGGCAACAAGGAUACCGCCAUGCCGCCGAUCCAGGGCGAGGUCUAUCGCCAGCGGGUCUGCGCGGCCGGCGGCAACGUGGCGCGCGUCCAGCUGCCGGGUGACCAGACGCACUUCUCGACGCCCUCGGCAUCGGUGCCGUUCUACCUGCCAUGGAUCAAGGACCGAUUCGCUGGCAAACCGGCCGGUGACGGUUGUGCGGCGGAGAACGUCCUGCCGUAG